UCAGUUUAGGGAGACCUGCCAGGAACCCUGGGGUUCUGACUGUGUGAACUGCCUCUUCUUGUUGCUACCUGCGCCUCCUCCAGCAUGGCUUGCUGGCUCCCUGCGCUCCGGAGAGUUUCUGCAGGGGCUUUCUUCUUAGCCCUUUGGGGCGUGGCUGUGGGUGACAGGCUGCUGGUGGUCCCUCAGGAUGGAAGCCACUGGCUCAGCAUGAAGGACAUAGUCGAGCAUCUCAGCGAGAGAGGGCAUGAGAUCCUGGUGGUGGUGCCGGAAAUCAAUUUGCUUCUAAAAGAAUCCAAGCACUACACAAGGAGAAUCCAUCCAGUGCCCUAUGACCAAGAGGAGCUGGAGCGCCGUUACCGCUUUUUUGGGAAAAACCACUUUUCUGAGAGAUGGUUCCUGAACACCCCUCUGGUCGAGUACAGGAAUAACAUGAUUGUUAUUGGCAUGUAUUUCCUCAACUGCCAGAGCCUCCUGAUGGACUCCGACACCCUGAGCUUCCUCCGGGAGGGUCAGUUCGAUGCCCUUUUCACUGAUCCUGCCUUACCCUGCGGGGUGAUCCUGGCCGAGUACCUGAGCCUGCCCUCCGUGUACCUCUUCAGGGGCUUCCCGUGUUCCCUCGAGCACACGUUCACCAGGACCUCAAGCCCCACGUCCUAUGUUCCCAGAUUCUAUACUCGCUUCUCAGACAGGAUGACUUUCCCCCAACGGGUGGCCAACUUCCUUGUUAAAUACUUGGAAAACAUUUUACUUUACUGUCUGUAUUCUAAGUAUGAAGACCUCGCAUCAGAUCUCCUCAAGAGAGAUGUGUCCUUACCUGCCUUGUAUCGGAAGGACACCAUUUGGCUGAUGAGAUAUGACUUUGUAUUCGAAUAUCCUAAACCAGUCAUGCCCAACAUGGUCUUCAUUGGGGGGAUCAACUGCAAGAAGCCAGGAGCCCUGUCGCAGGUUGGUAGCUGUGUUUCCUUUGGAUUGCCCUGUUUCUUCAUGGGCAAACAUCCUUCUUAA